CAGGACUCUGGGCAGCGGCACACCGGGCUGGACUCUGGGCAGCGGCACACCGGGCUGGACUCUGGGCAGCGGCACACCGGGCUGGACUCUGGGCAGCGGCACACCGGGCUGGACUCUGGGCAGCGGCACACCGGGCUGGACUCUGGGCAGCGGCACACCGGGCUGGACUCCGGGCAGCGGCACAUUGGAUCACCGGGCGAAGCGGUGGGCGCCAAACCCCCAGGCGGAGCGCGGGGCGGCAGGCACUGGGCCAUCAGGCACGACAGCGGGCAUCGAGUCACCAGGCAUCAGGUCAUUUGGCUCGCCAGUGGGCACCGAGUCACCAGGCACGGCAGUGGGCUCCGAGUUAACUGGCAUGACUGCGGGCACUGGGUCAGACAUUGGAUCGUCUGGCUGGACAGCGGGCAUUGGGUCACCAGGCAUCAGGUCAUUUGGCUCGAC